CUUUGGAACUAGGUAGAAAGGCCUGAGUGUCUAUUCUUAAUACAAAUCAUUUCUUCCACAGAUCAUCAAUUUCUACAUGAAUAUGCUGAUGGAGCGAAGUAAAGAGAAGGGAUUGCCAAGUGUGCAUGCAUUUAAUACCUUUUUCUUCACUAAGUUAAAAACAGCUGGUUAUCAGGCAGUGAAACGUUGGACAAAGAAAGUGGAUGUAUUUUCUGUUGACAUUCUUUUGGUACCCAUUCACCUGGGAGUGCACUGGUGUCUAGCUGUUGUGGACUUCAGGAAGAAGAAUAUUAUCUAUUACGACUCUAUGGGUGGGAUAAACAAUGAAGCCUGCAGGAUCCUCUUGCAAUACCUAAAACAAGAAAGUAUUGACAAGAAAAGAAAAGAGUUUGAUACCAAUGGCUGGCAGCUCUUCAGUAAGAAAAGUCAGGAAAUUCCACAGCAGAUGAAUGGAAGUGACUGUGGGAUGUUUGCCUGCAAAUACGCUGACUGUAUUACCAAAGACAGACCAAUCAACUUCACACAGCAACACAUGCCGUACUUCCGGAAGCGGAUGGUCUGGGAGAUCCUCCACCGAAAGCUCUUGUGAAGACUGUCUCAGAAGACUCUUUUCCUCGUGGGGGACCAGCUCUUUGUUGUCUACAGCCAGAGACCUUGGAAAUGGCUGCUCCCAAUCCUCUGUUCUUAUAAAGCCCUUGAUCCUGGACCA